CCCCCAUUCUCCGAAUCUCCUCAAAUCCAAUGGCCAUUAUAGCAACAUACUAUAACUCGUAAAGCUGAAUUGCAUCGUAUUGCCGUAUCCUGGAUAUACGGACAUAGUCCAGGGCCGCCGCCUCCUCGCCGGAGCUCUACCCCGCCGCCGCCAGAAUGCCGCCACAUCCACCGGCCCAGAAGGGCACUGGGAAACGCUCAGGGGGACACCGAGGAGAAUCUCGAAGAUCUCGCAGCCGUAACACCACGCCGAGCUCUGCGGGUGCCCCAGGCAUCCUUGCGGGUACCGAGAGUGAAUCCAGAUAUCUUGAGCUCACAAUGAUUCCAUUCCCACAAGCCUCAUACGACGACAUCGUCGACCCCCAGAUUGGCUCGUCGAUUCCGGACUCGAAAGCCAUCGACACAAUAAUAGACUCAAUCAAUCGUCUUCUUGAUGUUGCAGAAGCAAGAGGAAAAGUUUGUGACCGUGGAAUGAGGUUACUUUCGGCUCAACGCAAAGAUCAAGUCGAAACCGAGCGCAGAGAACAAGAACGUGUAGACCGAGAAGCCGCAGACGAAGCUGCAGAACGCGGACGUCAAGCCAGCAAGAUGAGAAAGAAGAAGGAUUCGAGCAAGGCGAAGGAGGAUAGACCAUUGACUCAUGGUGCCCAUGUUCUUGCGCCUCAGGAUGGUUCAAAGAUUGAGGGUGCUCCAUCUGUAUCGCCGGGAAGAGCUUCUCAUAAGCCAGGUCGUGGUCGGUCGCGGGGUGUGUCGCGUGAAGCCUCCGCUAGUUCUUCUUUGUCCCCGGUCGAGCAAACGACACCACCACCCACAGGCGCAGCUGCUAAGAAAAAAGCGUCUGUUCCUACCAUCCAGGUUGACGAAGACUCCAGCAGUGAAGACGAGCACCAACCACCUCCAGCUCCCGCAGUUCCACACAUCAUGACCUUUGGUGACGAUCCCUGGAGCUAUCCUGACCCAACUGAAUACGAAAUCCGCAAAGUAACUCCAGACAUGCCUGAAGAGGAGAUCAAGAAGAUCUAUUCCGUUGCGGAAUAUCCACACGAUGACUUGCACGAUCUGAUUCCUGGCACCCCCCCCGACAAGGACUUCAGCAACGCCAAGCCAGUGAACCAGGUUCAAGCCACUACCUUUGCAACCCACAUGGAGGGGUAUUUACGUCCUUUCACCGAAGAGGAUCUUGCGUUCCUCCGCGACCGUGGUGAUAGGGUCAAUGAUUUCAUCAUCCCACCUCGUGGCAAGAAGCACUACACUGAGAUCUGGGCUGAAGAAGAUGGCCUGGCUGACCCGCGUCAAAACCGUGACAAGCUUCCUGCCAACGAGCCACGCGGUUCCAUUGAAGACCUUGAUGAGGCCACCGCUGAGACAGACGAGAUCUCUGUUGGCCCAGUCCUUGGACGCCUUUUGUCACUCCUCCGUCCAGAGAACAGAGCCCCACCUUCCGAGCAGAGCGCUGCCGCGAACGGAAAUGUCGACUCCAACGCCGACCUCGACAGCUCCCUUGGCCUUGACCCCAUGCCACUCGAUCCACCAGCUGCGCCACUCCCCCCAGCAACCUACAUGACCGAAUCAACCACUGAGGGCUGGAAGAAGGCGAACCACCCAAAGUUGGACCACGUGCAAGUCGACGAGCGCGUCAAGCAGGAGCUCCGCUACAUUGGCCUCAUGCCUGAGAGUGCCGAUCCUCAGUACGACAACGGCGAGGACGAUGAGGUGUCCGCACGCCUGCGUCUCCUCACCGCCAUGCUCAAGGAGAAAGUCAUCGAGAACAACGCGCGGAAGGCGAUCUUGAUGGAAAAGGUCAAGGAACGCAUGGCUCACCAGGAGUACUCCACCAUCCUCGAGGAUCUCGACAGCCAGGUCCAAGCAUCCUUCUCUAAGCGCACCCGCACCAUGGGCAAGAAGACCAAGGCCAAGCGACCAGGCGGCGCUGGAGGUGGGAGUCACGUGGCUUCUCAGGGCAUGGCUAGGCCGGGCAUUGGGGAUGCUACGAAGACGCUCAUGGAGAGACGCAAGAAGUGGAUUGAGAACAUCGGUCCUGUCUUUGAGGGCGACACUGGUAGGGUUCCUCGCGCCGCCGAUGAGGGCAGCAGCAUCUUCACUGAUGAGGCCAUGGUCGAGUACAUGAAGCGUGAGAGGGAGAACUGGGAUGAAGAGGUCGAUGAUGAGUAAUGAUGCAUUUUCAAUGGGAGUUUAGGCGCUAUAGAUACCAGUCUGGUUCUGCCUGAACACACGAGCAUAUGAGCAUAUGGGUACUUUGUUGAUGAGGAUAUCCUACAUUCAACGCCUUCAUAGUAAGAGUCAGAAUAAGAAGGAC